AGCUGUACACGUCAGUUGGCAAUGAUUCCGCCAUGCUAUCCUUAUGUGCGCCCACCAUCACCUCAGUGGGCAGUAACUUUGCUGACCUAGACGUCAACCAGCUGACCAUUCACAAAGAGUCCAAGUUCAAUGACUGGAAGUUCGAAAGGGUCUAUGUGGAUCUGGGUACGGUCUCAAAUAAUGGUACUGACGGAGGAAAUUCGGCUGAUAAUAGCAAAAUCGAAAUGGAGUUUGAGGCCAUCGUCCUUAACAAUGCCAACUUCACCAGCGGUGCCUCAUACUGGGUCAGCAGCGGCGUGGAGUAUGGUAGUUCAGCCUGGGUCAGCCAAGCCACUUUCACCGCCGUUGUGGACAAUGCUAAGAAUAGUUCAUUGACGCCAAAGUUCUGGCUGACCGGUCCAUCUCAACUGUACAAAGGUCAAACAGGACUCUGGACCCUGGACAUGACAAUCUUUGACCUCUAUACUAAUGUCACGGUGGACGUCUAUGCUCCUCUGAACACUACGGCCACCAUGUCGAUUUGCCGGAUCAGUAUAGCAUCUGCUGGUGACAGUUACUCCUGCCUGACCAAGGCUAUGGAGAACUUGUCCUACCUUCGUUCUGACAGCAGUACCGCCGAGGAUCCCAUCAACUCCAUCGGGACCCUGAACCUCGGGGAGAUUGUCAACGCAGGUUUCCGUACGGGUAACACAGACGAUAGCUCCAACACCAUACGGCUGGAGAUAGCGGCAACUUUGAUGAACACCAGUGACGUCAGUCUCGGCUCGAACCUGUCUUUGGGUGUAUCGGUGCAGCUUGACGAAUAUGCCAUAUGGAGUGCACUGAUGGCCUUGCAAGUAGUAGAAGAGCAACUGUCCAAUUUGACCGUUUCGCCCGCGUUCAAUCUGGAAACCGUCACACCGGAAGUGGUUAUUGGUGGUCAAGCGUCCUUCCUGUUAAACAUGACCCUUCCGUCCAGCACGAACCAAAGAUACUCUGUUGAGGUGGGACUUCCGUACAACGACACCGCCUUCAUGUCCGGGUGCCGAGUUCAAGUGAAGUACUAUGGGUUCAACUAUCCUUGCUUCAAGCUGCCCUUCCCGGAGUAUUAUUCAGCGGACUCGAACGAGAUGUACGAUCUGAUUUUCCUCGACUUCGGUGCGAUCAGUAACACCGGCCAGAAGAGCGCGGACGAAGACAAUACCAUCAUGGUGGAGAUUUCCGUAACCCUACUGAACACUACGGCCAUCACCCAUAACGACACUCUGCACGUGACAGUUGGCGUCAACUACGGCGACAACACGAUUUGGGUCGGAAACAACGCAAUUCGGGUGCUGGAGACGCCGCCGACCUACACCGGAACCAAGGCGCCGCAACUUGAAUUCAAAAACAUGAUGCCAGACACCAACAUGUAUACCAAUGCCUCGGUUGUCUAUCACCUGGAGAUGUAUCUACCUACUGUGACGUAUUGGAACCCAAUGAGCGUGGAGUUCAUCGUGCCUCUGGCAAAUGAUUCGAAUAUCCCACUGGUUGACAUAUGCCGGGUCUCCAUUAUCCAUGUUGGGAACAACUUCGCCUGUUUAAAUAAGACCCAGGUGCCUAUAACGUUACAGUCAACAACGCUGCCCGAAAUCAAUGACCGGGCCGUGGCAACCUUUGGCAUGGUUACCAACGUCGGAAAGCAGGACUAUGAUUGGACAAGAAAUGAAAGCGUCAUCAGAAUGGAAGUGGUUGUGGACUGGACCGACAAGACAAACCUGACCAACGGGACCGAGUUCUACGUUGACGCCUCUGUGCGCUAUGCCAAGGACAAACUGUGGGUCGCCCGGGCUUCUCUCACAUACACCGAGGAUGAACCGCAGAUUGCUUCUUCGGCUAUCGGUCCGGAGGUCAACCUGACUGUUGAGAGCGGUAACGUGUACACGUAUCCUGGAGGUGUCGUUGAGUUUGAUGUUUCCAUGGCACUACCACCGGCCUCGGUAGCCAAUUACAUAGUGGAAGCCAUAUCCCCAAACUCCUCCAUCGCAGUAUGUCGUGUGGAGUACAUCAGUAAAGGCCGCGACAUCAGCCCAUGCGGCAUUAAAAAGUCAGACUAUGUAGUAGAAGACUACCAGGACGACCAGCGAAUUGACCGCGUCUACCAAACUCUACAGGGACUGACAAACGUUGGGGCGGAGCCUAUAGGCCAUGACACAAGAGAAAGCUACACCGUACACACACGCAUCGUGGCCAAGCUGGCAGAGAACGUCAGUGACACGGAUAAUGCCACGGAGCAUUACCUGGCGGCUGCUGUCUCUGCCGGCGGAAGACGUCUGUGGCUUGAUCAGACGCCAUUUUACUACCUGAUUAACGACAGACCGGAUAUUACUGUCACACCAGUGGUGAACUUCAAAAAACAGACCACAGCAACGUCAAUCGUCAAAGGUGCCGGUGCCGUCUUCGAGCUGGACAUCUACGUCCCUCCUGGCACCAUUGGCGAGUACACGGUGGAGAUCUACGCCCCUUGCAACGACACCGAUGCCACCAUGAUGGAGAUCUGUGACGUCCGUGCUGUGUCAAGUGGUCAUCAUUUGCCCUGUUUCAACGACUCGUAUCAAGCGAGGAAUUAUUCGUCUAAUUUUGUGGAUGGGCAUAAUGACCAGGGGACACUGUGGCUUGGAUUGUUGGACAACUACAAGCAGACUGGCGACAUUGAGGCCCCUGAGAAUAUGGUGAGGGUCGAGGCCGUGGUCAGUGUCCCCCAUGAUGCCCCUGUGAGCGCCGGUCACUCCCUGUGCGUAGGAGCCAGCUUGAAAGUGGACAAUACUAAACUCUGGGUGGGUCAGAUCAUGGUGCCGGUCACUGAGACGUUAAUACCUGAAGAGACACUAGGUAACGCCUCUCUAGCACUCGUCACUCCAAACGACACAGCCUCCCGGCCCGCCGACGACUCUGAGGUCCAGAACGCCAGUGCCACGAUGAACAUCCGUGAGAGGCACCAAUGGCAGCUGAACAUCACCCUGGACGACACGACCACGGCGAUGACCGUGACCAUCCGCACUCCUAUCAUUGACGGCGAGGCGCAGUUGACAUUGCGCGGUGCUUGGUGGACGUACUUUGGGAGUAACAUCGUGUGUGGGCAUAGGUAUAACUUUACGGCCGUCAACAGCUCCACGCACUCUACGUCACAGAUAGACACGAUGGUCGUAGACCUCGGGAUUUUAAUGAAUGCUGGUUCCAGCAAACGCUACGAGCAAAGAUGGCGUAAAGAAGAUCCCCUAGACAACGUCCUUCAGUUGACCUUUGAACUUGAGCUUACUGAUCACGCGAACAACACGCACAUGUCAAACAUGGAGUUCACAGUAGAGGCAACGUACGGCCUACAAGGGGAGAAAUCCACCUCCGUGAACGGCUCCGUUACGCCGAUUCACCAUGGUGCCGAGGUGCCGAUUUUGGACCUCACACACUGGAUCAGCCCCAUUAAUGAUUCCUACGAGCUGAACCCAGGCGAUCAAAUACAACUGUACGCCCGUUUGUCGCACUUCGACAACUCCACCGCUGAGGCCAGCAAUGUCACCCUGGUACUGCAGACGAUGAGCGCCUCGUCCGUGGUCUUGUCGUCAUGGAGUGGAAGGGAACCGUCUGUCACUUACAACCAUGGAGAGAUGACCUUCGUACACUGGGAUCGUCUGUUGUUCAACGACGUGAAUGAUCUGGUUUUCAACAUCACGUUGGAUCCUAACAAGGUAUUGGCUAAGGGGACGCGGACUGUUCACGUUGUUAUUCCUGCUGACGUCAGCGUACAGUAUGAGGACCAUUCUACGCCAGUGUACGACCUGGUUUGGCAGGACACGUCCAGUGUGGAUGUGGAGUUUGACUUUUUUGUACCAGAGUGUUUCCUCCCCUUGGGCAUGGAAAGUGGCGCCAUUGCAGACUGUCAGAUCACGGCUUCUUCCUCUCUGCCCAACCAAGUACCCACGGAUGCCAGACUGGGGUCCAAUACCGCCUGGAGGCCUGCUUUCAGGAGCUGUAACGGUUCCAACGAUGCUGGGGAUUACUUACAGGUCGCACUGAUAAAUAACACCAAGUUGACAGGCCUAGCCAUACAGACGGACGGCGCUGACGCCUCAAGCUACGUCACCACAUUUACUUUAAAAUACAGUUAUGAGGGAUUGGUAUGGUAUGACGUCAUGGAUGAAAACACAGGGCUUACAAAGUACUUUGUUGUAAAUGUAAACGGAAGUGCAGACCAAGAGGCCAUUUCAGGUUGGUCGCCGACACCCGCCACGACUGACGACGUAUUCUACGUCCCCGUCUACCCUAGCGUCACGGGGAGAUAUAUCCGCAUUAUACCUGUGAGCAGCAGCAAUAACCACUCGGCUCUCAGGGUGGAGCUGUAUGGCUGCAGUGCGCCGCAGUCGAGUGUGUUUACUAUAAAUGACUUAGAAGAGUGCCAGGGAGUAAACUCUGCUAUUAAACCGUCGUUUCAACGCGGCUACCUUGUGUCUCAAAUUGACGGUACCAUUUUCGUGUGCACGAUGGUUGGAGUCGAUGCCGGUGUAUACUGCUCAAGGUCUGAAGAUGCUGGCGCUGGAUGGACGUGCAUGGACAAUAUCGUUUCAAACAUCCUUUUACAACUAAACUCCACUGGCUCCCUCUAUGGACUAGACCGCGAGCUACGCACGUACCUGCGUAGUGACGACAGUGGUGACACCUGGGAGGCAGUAUCUGACGAAGAGUAUAAUGCAGCUUCCUCCAGCAAUGACGCCGUUCACGUCAUCGGGGUACCUUACGCACUCGACUUGGCUGCUGAUACUACACAAAACCUGUUCUCAACUUCGGGGACGACUUAUGGUGGAGUGCUAUAUGGGGUAUCGUGUGCCGGUGUGAUGAAAUGGGCCUCAGCCAGUGAGAGAGACGCUCAACAGAACGACGAAACCUCCCUGGCCAGCGCUGCCAUUGCCCUCUGGAACGAACAUUAAAUCACUUUACCGUAAGGGGAGCAUAUCGUUUGUCAUUUGAAAUGAGUGCCAGAGGACGCUUAUUAUCCGUAUUAUACAUUUGUAUAUAUCUAUGCUGAACAGCAACAAACAAAACAAAAAAAGAACUGUGAUUUGGGAUUUCGUUUCUCGGGCUGUGAUUUAGAGACAAACUUAUUCUGGAAAAGCUAUUCUGAAUAAUUGUAAAUUGAUAGGAUAUUACUUAAUACGAAAGAUACAUGCUGACCCAACGUGCCCAACAGAAGAUAAACGCGCUUGAAUUGGUGUACUUAUUAUUGCAUUUUGCAUUGGUUUAAACUCGACAGAUGACAAUUUGUCGUCAGCAAAACGUCUGUUCUAUUUUAUUUUUUUUUUUUUUAUGAAUGUUUGGCCAUAUUUACUUUUUAUUGUUUUGUAUUUAUUAUUGAACUAAAACCCUUAGUGUUUCAGUCCUUUAGUAGUAUAUCUGUAAUAUAUAUCCAAGUCUUUUUCAUUUAUGGUUGUUUUACGUCACGUUGUCAACUACACUAUUGCACAUGUGAUCACAACCGACAACUAUGCAUUAGUACAAGUUUUGUUUUUGGUUUUCUAUGCCGCCCGACUGAGUCCCAUACUCCUAUGAGUGCCUUAUGGAUUUCCCGUCCGUCCGCUGGAGCAUUUCGUACCUUUCACUUUUACUAGUUAUGUGUCCUGCUUAACGUAGACGUAGAGAGCUGUAGCCAUGACUUUAUCAAACGCUUUUUACUUGUGUUUCUUUUCUCUUCAUCUGCUGAUUCAAUAGCACAUUGCUUGACCAUGGUUUAGAAACAUAAUAUCAUGUUUACCAUUAUAUGGAUGACUUGGAAACAAACUGGCGUGAGUAUUCUGGAAUCGUCCGAUGGAUUUAAUUUGCGGGUCUUUUUGUGAUAAUCGAUUUUAGUGCAUCUAAAUGCUAAUUACUCGUCUUCAUUCUCAAACAGUCUUUGUUGAAUAUAAAACUUUUAGCAUAUGUGGCGACAGUUUCGCUUUAACUGUGUGAUAAGAUUGGAAAGCUGAUUUCUCCAAGUGCCAGCAGGCUUUUUAAAGCAUUCAUAAAUAAAUGUGACAUGAACUUUUCUAAAUGCCUUACUUAAAGUUAUUUUUGUAUACAUUUCCCUUGUAAAUUGCUGUCUUAGUACGUUAGUUUAACACCAUAUCAGUUUGCGUUUCGUUGAAAUUGCCGAGGAGCUGCACCUAAUUAUUAACAUAUUUUGCACUUAUAUAUGUAUACAUAGAUACAGUGUGAUUUUUUUCCUAAGUGUAUUAAAUUCGGAAAUGGUUUACAACAUCUCAAGCCGUUAAAGAGACACCUGUGAGUUAAAUAUUGCCAAAAUUGUUCUCGGUGUAUUUCAAUAUGACAUAAUAAAUUUAUUUUGA